GCGCAGCUGUGGGAGCGGCCGCCCGAGGUGGACGUGGGCUGCCAGACGGAGCUGUUCCUGGACCGCCCCGAGUCGCCGCUCUACCUGCCGGCCAAGACGGGCAAGGACGCGGAGACGCAGAUCUACCCCGGCGACCUGUUCGACUUCGACGUGGAGGUGGUGCCGAUCCUGGAGGUGCUGGUGGGCAAGACGAUCCAGCAGGCCAUGAUGGAGGUGCUGGAGGAGGAGGAGCUGGCGGCGCUGCGCGAGCAGCAGCGGCGCUUCCUGGAGCUGCGCGCGGCGGAGGAGGCCGAGCGCCACCGCCUGGAGGAGCAGGAGCGGCGCCUGCGCGAGGAGAAGGAGGCGCGCGUCGCCGAGUUCGCCGAGGCGUCGCGCCAGAACAAGGACACGCAGGAGCGCGUGGCCGCCGCCGUGCUCACGCAGGGCUACCUCCAGGACCUGCUGCCGUCCGUGCUGGAGGGCCUGCGCGAGUCCGGCUACCUGCUCGACGACGUCCGAGAGGACGUACGCAGCAAUUUCAUGCCAUGGCUGAUGAGCGAAGUACAAGCAGAGAUGAACAACAUGGUCAACAGCCGCGAUAUCAUUAUGGAAAUGGUGCGCGAGAUCCUGGAGCAGCGCGCCGACCUGUACCGCACGAUGGCGGAGGACGACGCGGCGCGCCUCGACCUCAGCGACGACGAGCUGGCGACGGAGCGCGAGCCCGCGGAGCCGUCGGACCUGGCCGCGGGCGACGAGGCCAGCUGCGUCGUCGAGAGCUCCGAGAUGCAGUCGCACCCGCCCGAGAUGGAGGGCGAGGACAUGUAGGGCCAGUGAGGGGGAAGGCUUCCCUCCUGCCCUUGUUCUCCACGCG